AAUUUGAAAACGUGAGACGUAGGACACAAAAGAGCGUCGAAUAUCACGUCUGUUCUGUACCUCUAGUCGUCGGUGCUUCUACUUGUAAUUUCAAUUCGUCAUUCGUAACUAUAUGUACAUUUCUAUUGCGCAUCUCCUGAAAUGGGGUCAAUAGAGUCAAGUGAAAUUGAUAUCAGAAAUGAUCUAUCAAUGCACAAAAGUACUAUUGUCUUUUAAUGUUAAAUGAUAUUGAAGUACAGUAUUUUUAUAAUAUCGUAGUGCGAAGUAUUUUUAUAAAAUUACAAAUAUUUAUUGCAUACUACUAUUUUUUGCAUAUGUUAACGCAUGCGUAAAAACUCAAUACUCAACAAGAAGUUAGCCGAACUACUAUAGUAAUAUUGAGUGUAUCACCUUAACCUGCAUCAUUCAAAAUGGCACUUCGUAUAUUAUCGUUAUUAUCUCCAGGCAGUAAUUCUACAAGAUAUGGGUUGGUUGUGUUCCAUGAUGUUCCCUCUUUUGUUUCCUUUUUUGUUGAAAAUAAGAAAAUUAAAAAGAAUUAUAUAUUAACAAGAAGAUUUUUCGCAAAUACAGGUACAGACACUAAACCAAAAAGUGAAAUAACAGUAUCAAAAAGACUCAGAACUGAUUUGAUACCUGAAGAAGAACUGUUGGCUCAAAAAGCUAGGGAAGAAGCAUUAAUUGUUGUAUCAGAGUGUGAAGAUGUUGGUAGUUGUUCAGGAGUUGCAGAAACUCAUAUAAAGACUCGUAGAGUACGUAUUUAUUGUCCUGCAAAAAAUGCUAUGCAAUCUGGAACAAAUAACAUAAAUUACUGGCAAUUGGACUUUGAUACACGUGAACGUUGGGAGAAUCCUCUCAUGGGAUGGACUUCCACUGGAGACCCUUUGUCUAAUGUUCAGGUAGCAUUUACUACAAAGGAAGAAGCUAUUGCACACUGUAAUAAAAUGGGAUGGAAAUAUUAUAUUCAGAAACCAAAUGUUAAUAGUCCCAAGCCUCGUAGUUAUGGUACCAACUUUUCAUGGAACAAGCGUACUAGAGUUUCGACCAAAUAAAAAUUUACUAGAGAAUAAUGAUUAUAGUUCAAUGAAUAGUUCCAAAUUAUUAUAUAUUUAAUUCUUGUAUGUAAAGUUUUAGACCAGAAAUAAAUUUUUUUAGAUUAACAUAA